AUGGCGGCGCGCGCAUUACUCCGGUCGGCGUCGGUCGCCUUGCUUAUCCGCUCCAAGCCCAAGACGCUGCACGUCGUGUUCCUGGAUCAGCACCUGUCCGAGUCGGCAGGAUGGGCUCGACAAGCUGGUCUUUGCAGCGCGGCUCCUGGCCAUGCCGCCAUCGAUCGCCUCGCUUCCGAUGUUGGAGGAUCAGGAUUGGGUGCUUCGGUGCAGAGACGGUGGGCGUCCGUGGAAGCAAGAGUGGAAAGUCAAAGGGUCACCGGCAGCUUCCAUCUCAGCCGCAAUCUUCACGAGCCAGGGUCGGCACUGAGGCAGGAGAGUGCGCCAGUCCUUGCCAGCAGCAAAUCUCUGAAACCAUCAGAUCCGCGGAAAGAUGCCAAUCCGAGUCGGAUCUCGGAUCAAGAACAAGGUCUCACAAAACAGUGGUCGAUUCUCCGACGACCUCCAGGCAAGGGACGCGACAGCUCGCCAAAAUUUCAGGAACGAGCUGACGCCGGAGGUCACAGCGCGCGAUCGGUGUUGAAAAGCAGGGACCCACCGCAAGAUGGGCAGAGAAGAGAGUCUAAAUCAGGCUCUGCGAAAAAAGCAGGAACCAGCUCCGACGUACGUAUCCAGAUUCCUGGUCCUCGCGGCAAGCGUGCGAGAGGCUCCGAUGGUAUCUUCUUGGCCUAG